AUGGGAUCGGAUUUCGCCGCUCGUAUCCUGAAGCAAACGGCAACAAGAAGGGGCCACCCAUCUCCUUCUUCUUCUUCCUCUCCCUUCGCCGUGACGAGAGCCUUCAGCCUCCACUGCGCAGAAGACGAGAGCGAGUUCUCCUUCAACAGUCGCCACCCGCUUCACUUCGAUGGCAGCACUCCGUCAGAACGACAUGAAUUUUUACGGACACCUCGCGCGCUCAGCAGGCUCAUCUCUUGCUGCGCCAAAUGGGCCUCGCUUGACGCCGGGGCUCAGCUCCAUUCCGUCGUCGUCAAAAUGGGUUUCGCUUCGAACGUCUACCUGUGCAGCGCUCUCGUCGAUAUGUACGGCAAGUGCGGUAGAAUCUCGCGCGCCCGUGACCUGUUCGAGGAGCUCGGCGAGAGGAGUGCGGUCACUUGGAACUCCUUGAUCUCCGGCUAUCUUCACGUGGGUUGGCCGCGGAUCGCCGUGGACUUGUUUCUGAAAAUGCUCGAAGCGGGAAUUGCUCCUACGCCGCACAGUGGUUCCACUGUUUUGGUGGCUUGUGCUCAACUCAGAGACAGCGAUAUCGGCAGACAGAUGCAUGCGUUGGGUUUAAAAGCAGGGUUUGGGCGUAAUGUUGUCUUCGGGACUGGCCUGAUCGACAUGUACAGUAAAUGUUCGAAAUUGGAAGAUUCAAGGAGGGUUUUCGACCGGAUGGCGUGCAGAAACGAUAUUACCUGGACGACCAUGAUCACCGGGCAUGCGCAGAGUGAACAGCCAAGUGAGGCGAUGAUAUUACUGAGAGGGAUGAUGCGUCAAGAUCUUAGACCAAACUAUGUCACUUAUAAUAGCGUACUCUGCUCGCUUUCUAAUCCAGAUUAUUCGAAUUGGUGCAAGCAAGUUCACUGUAGGGUGAUCGUGGCAGGUUUCGAGUCCAACAUGUAUAUAGCAGUCACGCUCGUGGCUGUCUAUUCCGAGUGCGGUUGUAGCUUGGAGGACUUUCGCAAGGUUUGUUUGGGUGUAAGAAUAUGGGAUCAAAUCUCAUGGAACGCGGUGAUCACUGGAUAUGCUAAUCUUGAUGAUGGAAAAGAGGCCGUGAACUGUUUUUGCAAAAUGAGAGAGGCUGGAAUUUGUACAGACUUUUUCACAUUUGCGAGCACUCUCAAAGCUGUAGGUUCUUUCUCUGCUCUUGAAGAGGGGAAGCAAAUCCAUGCUCUGAUUCUUAAAUCCGGGCAUGCUUCUCACAUGUACGUUCAGAACGGACUUGUCUCUGUGUAUGCUAGAUGCGGCACUCUUGGGGAUGCGGAAAAGGUGUUCUCAUCAAUGGAAGAGCGCGAUGUUAUAUCCUGGAACACAUUGUUAUCCAGCUAUGCACACCAUGGUUUUGGUGGGGAAGCUGUUGAGGUAUUUGAGCGAAUGAGGAGAACUGAUAUUAAACCGGAUAGCACCACCUUCCUAGCUGUGCUGACAGCUUGUGGUCAUGUUGGUUUGGUUGAGAAGGGACUUGAAUUCUUUUCCUUAAUGAGGAGCAGUGAUUUUCUCGAGCCACCAAAAUUAGAGCAUUAUGCUACUAUUGUCAAUCUUUUUGGUCGAGCUGGACAUCUUGAAGAAGCAGAGGAAUUCGUCCAUGGCAUGCCAGUGAAGCCAGGUCCCUCAGUCUACAAAGCUCUACUAAGCUCUUGCAGAAUUCAUGGAAACAAGGAAAUUGCUCUACGAUCUGCAAAGAAGCUUUUGGAGCUGUGUCCUGAUGAUCCUGCCACUUAUGUUCUGCUAUCCAAUGUUUUGCUAACAGGAUGUGAAUGGAUCGAUGCUGCAGAAAUACGGGCACUCAUGUGUGACAGAAGAGUUCAGAAGAAACCAGGUUCUAGUUGGCUUUAA